CUUGCCACGGCUGUGAGUGCUGCGUGUGCUGGGGACAGGGGAGAGUGGGCAGUGCGCAUGCUCUGGGCCUCGCCUGUCUCCGACGCGGGUUUCCGUCCCACUGUCUUCAGUCAACGGCUAGCAGCUCCGGGCUGGACCGGGAGGGUAAAAUUGCCCUGUCUCAUGUCAAUGGCGUCCGAUACCAGUGACGCUGAAGAGUUUUACGAUGCGGCUGAAGAUGUCCACGCGGUCCCAUCGCCGGCCGCGUCACCCACAAAGUUUGUUAUCACCUCUAAGGAUAAAAUGGACAAUGUGACACAGAAACCUCUUGUUCAAGAUUUUCCAUUUGAUCACAGUAAUGAAGAUAAAGAUGAGGCUCUGACGGAGCCAGAGGAAGAACAGUCAUCGAAGAGGAUUCAGCUAUCAGCUGACUCUGACACUGCUGAAGAGGAAAGCAUUAAAAAACAACAGGUUGCAGUUUAUGCAUCAGUUGAAGCUGAUCUGCUCAUGAACACCUCUGGACUAUUAACUAUUGAUCAGCCUUUGUGUGAAAAGCCAAAGGACUUGACACAGCAGAGUAGCUCAAAUGUAGACACUGAACAGACAACCCUGUCACGUACUCUGACAACUCUGCCAUCUUCAGAAAGUUUCUCAGCAGUGUUACUGAGUGAUGGGAAUGAAACAUCAUCAGAGUUUGUGAGUAGUUUGUGUUUCGACAAGUGCAGCGAUGACUCUUUUAUAUCUUCACAACAAGAAGUCGAUAAAGCUGAGGAGGUCAAAGAGGUCAAGAAAGCAGACAUUUUGGAACAUGUUUCUGAAGAUUGUUUCCCUCUCCAUGACAUGCUGUCCUCUGAAGAGCUGCAGUCUUCAAAACUACCACGGCAGGUGAAUGUAGAACCCGACAUAGUAGCUAGCACAAAGAAACCCACACCAAUACGCCCUCCUCCACCAGGUUCAAGUGUCCCUCCUCCACGGCCGCCACCACCUGCACGGCCUGCUCCCCCUCCUCGAAAGAAGAAAAGUGAAACUGCCUUGGAUGUGCACAGUUCUUUAGGUCUAGAAGUUUCCACAGAUCCUGUUGCAUCCAGUGGACUAGUGAGUCCCAACACUGCUGUAGAGAAUUUAGCCAAAGAACUGCAGCAUUCAUUAGAUCUUGCGAGUGCAACCAGUGGAGACAAAAUUGUUACCGCACAGGAAAACGGGAAAGGGGCUGGAGAAUCAACAUCUGGUAUUCCUGAAACUGAAAUGCUAGGACCGCAAAGACCAAGAUCAAACUCUGGAAGAGAACUCACUGAUGAGGAAAUUCUAGCAAGUGUGAUGGUCAAGAAUCUAGAUACUGGAGAAGAGAUCCCUUUGAAUAUGGCUGAGGAAAAGCUUCCCAAAGGCCUGAACCCACUGACAUUGCACAUCAUGCGCCGAACAAAGGAAUAUGUGAGUAAUGAUGCUGCACAGUCAGAUGAUGAAGAAAAGAUUCAUACAGCUCAAUCUGAGCAAGACAGCCAUAAAAUCAAACAGAAAACCAAUCAAUUUAAGAAAUUUUUGGGUAAAUCGGUGAAGAAAGCCAAGCAUCUUGCUGAAGAGUAUGGUGAAAAGGCUGUAAAUAAAGUUAAGAGUGUCCGAGAUGAAGUUUUCCAUAUGGAUCAAGAUGAUGCUUCUUCCAGUGAUGAUGAGGGGAUGCCUUACACAAGACCUGUCAAGUUUAAAGCAGCCCAUGGCUUCAAAGGACCUUAUGACUUUGAUCAGAUUAAAGUAGUUCAAGAUCUAAGUGGAGAGCACAUGGGUGCCGUAUGGACAAUGAAAUUUUCACAUUGUGGCCGUUUACUUGCAACAGCUGGUCAAGACAAUGUUGUACGAAUAUGGGUUUUAAAAAAUGCUUGGGACUAUUUCAACAACAUGAGAAUGAAAUACAACACUGAAGGUCGUGUGUCACCAUCCCCUUCACAAGAAAGCUUGAAUUCUUCAAAGUCUGACACCGAUACGGCAUGCAGCGGAACCGAAGAGUCUGAUCCUGAAGACAAAAAUGCACCAUUUCGGCAGCACCCAUUCUGUAAAUACAAGGGGCACACUGCAGAUCUUCUAGACCUCUCGUGGUCAAAGAACUACUUUUUGCUGUCAUCUUCUAUGGACAAAACUGUGCGAUUGUGGCAUAUAUCAAGGAGGGAAUGCCUAUGCUGCUUUCAACAUAUAGACUUUGUCACUGCAAUAGCUUUUCACCCAAGAGAUGAUAGGUACUUCUUAAGUGGAUCACUUGAUGGUAAACUUCGGUUGUGGAAUAUUCCUGACAAGAAGGUAGCAUUGUGGAAUGAAAUUGAUGGGCAAACAAAACUUAUAACAGCAGCAAACUUCUGCCAAAAUGGCAAAUAUGCAGUGAUUGGAACCUAUGAUGGCAGAUGCAUCUUCUAUGACACAGAGCAUUUGAAGUACCACACGCAGAUACAUGUGCGCUCAACCAGAGGGAGAAACCGAGUUGGAAGAAAAAUCACAGGCAUUGAACCAUUACCUGGUGAAAAUAAGAUCCUUGUGACCUCCAAUGAUUCAAGAAUUCGCCUGUAUGACCUGAGAGAUUUGUCAAUUUCGAUGAAAUAUAAAGGCUAUGUUAAUAGCAGUAGCCAAAUCAAAGCAAGUUUUAGUCAUGAUUACACUUAUAUAAUAAGUGGAUCUGAAGAUCGAUACUUAUACAUUUGGAGCACUUACCAUGAUGUCAGCAAGUUUACUUCAGUGAGAAGAGAUCGCAAUGAUUUUUGGGAAGGGAUUAAAGCACAUAAUGCAGUUGUCACUUCAGCAAUAUUUGCACCAAAUCCAAGUCUGAUGCUGUCUGAUGCCCCACCAUCAGAAAAAGCAGAGGGUGAUGGUGUGAGUAUUGAUACGGAUCAUAUACCUUCUGGUGCACUGAAAUCCGAUAUUACUGAAGUACUCUUGUCUGCUGAUUUCACUGGAGCGAUCAAAGUUUUCAUCUGUAAAAAGAAGAACUAAUUGCUUUAUGGUAGCAUGUUGAAACCCAAUUUGAAUGUGGUACCUUAUCUGUUUUUAAUUACCAUUGGAUUGAAGCAGAAAUCAAAGUAUUCUAAUGGCAGACAAUGCUAUUCACUUUUUGAGCCUCAGUAUUUUAAGAGUUGGGUGUUGGAGAAUCGAUUUGAUAGCAAGCCAUGUGGUUGUUAAUGGUGGUAGCUGCAGAAAUAAUUGUAAAUAUCCUUUAGGAGUUAAAGGCAGAAAACUAGUCCAUUUAGUUCCUCUUUGUCCAAGUACACUAUUGUAAUGUUUAUGUAUUGAAGUUGUAGAUAUGUGUGGAUUCUGAUCUGGGACUCAGUUAUUAGGUUUUCUGCUUCAAAGAAUGUAAAUUUAUUCCGUAGCUCAUUGUGUGCCUUGUAAGAGCUGAGUAAAAAUGAUUCUGACAGAACUGUGCAGCCAUAUUGAUGGCAGACUGCACACACUAAUACUGAAUGCUGUAUGAGGCCAUCAUUGAGGCUGAACCAGUUGAAAAAUAAUACUAUAUGCAUUCACAUAAGUAGAACUAGGAAGUUCCAUUUUAGAAACUGUUGCCAAGUCAAACUCUUCACUUGGAAGAACAACUUUGUUCCAUUUGCAGCACUUGAUUUGAGGGUGGUUGGGGAAGAGUUUGUCCAAUGUUGUAAAAUUUAAAUUGCAUUCUUUUCAGAGUGCAAAGAGACUGAUAAUCUGACGACAUUCUUUCCUUUAUUUGUACAUUCAAUUAUCACAGUUUUUGUUUUUACUGUGUGUACCCUUUACAGAUGUCAGAAUUUACUUUUGUUUUUGCCAAUUGUUAUUUUACUAGAACUGGGCAGAAUGAAUCUUUGACUGACCUUUUACAAUAUUGUGUCAUAUUUUGAUCACUUAAUGUCAAACUACUGUGUAUUUUGAAGUCUUGAAUUGGAAUUUUUGUGGUAAAUAUUGUCGAGAAAAUGUGUACUAUUGCAACACAAGGCUGUCAAAUAAGAAAGUCUGUGUAAAUAAGACAAUUCUGUACCAAUGAAAUAACAUUUCUGGAUCUACGGUGCUAGAAAAUGUUGUUGAUGGUUUUAAAAGUCUGAAAUAAGCAGAAUUUAUAAUAAAGGUUGCUCCAAAAAGUU